GAAUCAAAGAUCAAACCAACAUGUAAAAAGGCUGAAACAAUGCCUCGUUCUUCUCAUUCUUCCCUUUCUCUCUCUUGAAUAAUAAAUCUCUAGAGAGAGAAAGUUCCCUCUGCUUUUCCAUCUAUCCCGUACUUUUCUUCUAUUUGCUCUCCGAGAUUCAAUCUCCGGCGCUGAUUUUAUCCUCCUCCUCCUCCUCCUCAUCAUCAUCAUCAUCAUCGUCAUCGCCGCCGACACCUGUACGGUCCACAAUUUUUUCAAGAAAUAAAAAAAAUUGAGGGAAUUUUGGAUAGAGGGAGUUUUGUUUUCUUAAUUAUAGUGUUAGGGUUUUUUAUUGUUAUAGAGAGAGAAAAAUUUCAGGGUUUUCACUAUUAUGGAACCGCGCGUUGGUAACAAAUUUCGUCUCGGUCGCAAGAUCGGUAGCGGAUCGUUUGGAGAAAUCUAUAUUGGUACUAAUAUUCAAACAAACGAGGAAGUUGCAUUAAAGCUUGAAACUAUCAAGACAAAGCAUCCUCAGCUGCUGUCCGAGUCUAAGUUAUAUAAGACUCUACAGGGAGGAACUGGAAUUCCAAAUGUCAAAUGGUUUGGCGUUGAAGGGGACUAUACUGUCCUUGUGAUAGAUUUACUGGGACCUAGUCUUGAAGAUCUAUUCAACUUUUGUAGUAGAAAACUGUCUCUCAAGAGUGUUCUGAUGCUUGCAGACCAGAUGAUUAAUCGUGUUGAAUAUGUUCAUUCCAAAUCAUUCCUGCAUCGAGAUAUCAAGCCAGACAACUUCCUUAUGGGUCUAGGGAGGCGUGCCAACCAGGUCUAUAUCAUUGACUUUGGUCUGGCUAAGAAGUAUAGGGAUACUUCAACGCAUCAGCAUAUCCCUUACAGAGAAAAUAAAAAUCUGACAGGAACUGCAAGAUAUGCUAGCAUGAAUACUCAUCUUGGCAUUGAACAAAGUCGCAGGGAUGAUUUAGAAUCACUCGGAUAUGUUUUGAUGUAUUUUUUAAGAGGAAGCCUUCCUUGGCAAGGACUAAAAGCAGGGACCAAGAAGCAAAAGUAUGAGAAGAUCAGCGAAAAGAAAGUGUCAACUUCUAUUGAGGCCUUAUGUCGGGGUUAUCCCACAGAAUUUGCUUCCUACUUCCAUUACUGUCGGUCCCUGCGUUUUGAUGAUAAACCAGAUUAUGCUUACCUGAAAAGGCUUUUCCGUGAUCUUUUUAUCCGUGAAGGUUUCCAGUAUGACUAUGUCUUUGAUUGGACAAUUCUGAAAUAUCAGCAAGCCCAGAUUACCAGUCCCCCUACUUGUGCACUUGGACCUGGUGCUGGACCAAGCUCUGGCAUACCUCCUCUUGGUGCUACUGUUGACAAGCGAUCAGGCGGGGAAGAGGGUAGACCUGGUUGGCCUUCAACAGAUGCCUCUCGAAGGAGAAACUCUGGACCCGUUACAAGUUCUGCAAAUUUAUUUAAACAAAAAGGUCUUACUACAAAUGAUUUACCCUUAUCCAAAGAUGCUACAUUAUCCAGUUCAAAUUUUCUGCGGUCUAGUGGACCAUCAAGGCGGCCUGCCAUUUCUAGCAGUCGUGAAGCAGUGAUUGUUAGGAGUGACACUGAUCCAACUCGUUCUCGCACAACAGAUGUAAGCCCUGCAGUCAAAAUUUCCAGCGUUCAAAGAAGUUUGCCUAUUGCAUCUUCAGAACAGAAGCAUCCCUCUUCUGGUAGAAACUCCUCAAAUAUAAAGACAUUUGAAUCAGCACUUAGGGGCAUUGAGAGCCUGCGCUUCAACAAAGAAGAAAGGAUACAGUAUUAGUGAAUUCCAACCUCAGUUCUUUCCCUUUCCCAAUGUAAAUUUACAAGUAAAAGUGGAACCUGUUAAUCGUCUCUGUAUCAUCUCUAGUUGCUAACCAAAUGCUUUCUAAUUUGUUCCCUCUCUCUCUGGUACAGCAGCGGUCAAUACAGUUGAGUUACGGAUACCCACUGAUGGAAUAUGUAUAGCAAAACUUUGUGGUUAUCUUAAUAUUUCCAAAUUUGUAAUAGACCGUUAAGAGAUCACUGCUACCGUACAUGCAUUUCUGAAUUUAAUGUCGCAAAGCAGCAGCAUUUCUGUUUCGCUUUCGAGCACGCCAUCUUUGAUUGUUUCAA